CUUUUCAAACACACCCUCGAAACACGCACAGAGAGCUGGGGAUGGCGGGCAGAAGCAAGCUGGCGCCUGGUCUGCAGGUCCACCUGAUUCUCUUUUACAUAGGUGCUGCGGGUGCCUGCAGCGUCGCCGUCACGCAGCCAGGCUACCUGGAGGUGGAUUACACCCAGCAGACCGUCACCAUAGAAUGCACCUUCUCCGCGAGCGGAUGCCCUUCAGAGCCACCCCUGAGCCUGUGGUUUCGAUGCGGCGCUCGCCAGGCUGAGCAGCUCUGCCUGGGCUCAUGCGAAAGUGAAGCAGACAAAUUCACCGUGAGGACAGCCUUGGGCCAGAACCUGGCUUCUCUCACUGUCAACAGGGUGACUUCAAACGACAGUGCAAUUUACAUCUGUGGAAUAGCGUUUCCUAACACAGGGGCACCGAGAGCGAAGCAAACCGGAAGCGGGACCACACUGGUGGUCAGAGAAAGUAAGCUGCUCAGCAAGGAGCUGCAGGGUGUCUUCACAGCACUCUUAGUGCUGCUCUCAAUCUACAUUAUCAGCAUAUGUGUGGUCUUCGGAGUUCUCGCCAAAUCAAAAUCUAACACUCGAAAGAACAACGAAACAAAAGAAGAUUCACAAAAGAAGAAAAGCGCUCGGCGUAUUUUUCAAGAAAUCGCUCAAGAACUAUACCUUAAGAGAUAUGUAGAAACAAGCCAACAAGCCGAGAAAGACAACACUUAUGAGAACAGAGGAGCACUUUCCAACUACGGAAGACCAUAGAUACACUUCAGUGUUCAAGUAAGUCACUGAAAAUCCAGCUGCUGAAGCUACGCUGGGGGACGUGAGUGGACCAUACAUCAAGCAACUCUGUACAAAACAAUCGAGGGUAAAUGGAAAAGAAACGGGCUGCAAACAAGGAUGCCAGGGUAAUAAGGAGCUACAACUAACAGAAAUUUUAAAAAUGCAAAAAUCCAACACAAUGCAACUGGAAAUAUUUUCCUAAUUUGCCAAGAAAGUUCUAAAUAGCCUAACAUUUUCAAAAGUAUCUCAGCCUAACAAUUUCAAAAACCUUUCUGCUAUGCGUCCUGUCUGCUUUGCUGAACACACGAAGCUUCGGGUGGGUCUCAUCUGAAGACUGGAGUCAAGUGGCCCACCUUAGGGGGAAACAACGAGACCACGGGCGUCGGUGAGGACAGGCAAAGGGAGCGUGAGCAGUGCCCACGUCUGCGCCGGACAAGUUUAUCUGAAAAGUACCACGCGGCAAAAAUGAUCUCUUCUGGUAUUACAGUAAUGCAGCAGUACGGUGGACUUCCCUGCCGGAUACGCGAAGCAGCUGACACCACGCUGCCAUCAAACUCGAGAGCACAAGAGACGGGCACGGGACGGAGCAGAGCAAGGGGAAGGGAGAAGGACGCAGACGUGCUCUGUACAUGCACCAGGUCCCCACGAUGAACGUGCCUGUUCUGUACCAUAAACACGGACUGACGAGAGGGACUAAAAAGCAAGGAAGGAAGAAAAGAACAUAAAUACUGCACCAAAAUACAGCAAAUCCAAAGCACAAGGUCAGCGGGAGAAAAUCUCAGAACAAACGCACUAUGGCUGACUCCAGAUGUCAGCGCCGUGUCCAGGACAGCAGCAGGGGCGCCGAGGCUCUGACCGGGCGCGGGACCUUGGCGGUGCUGCUGCUCCGCCAGUGCGGGAGGGAGUACCGGGCAGCGGACUGCGGCAGAGGAGGGGCUCACUGGCAUCACCAUCAUUUCACUCAGAAAAUGUAACUUGGACUGCUCUGCGAAAGCUACAUAGUUGUAAACAAUCGAAAUACCCGCAUACAUUUAUUAUUAAACGUGAAUUAUAAUGCA